UAUAUAAAAAUAUAAUAAUAUGACUAUUUUUUAUAGGUUUAUGAAUUAUGAGGUACAAAUUUAAAAUAUAUAAAUAAUAAACUAUGUUUUUUUUAUUAUAAAAGAUAAUUUUUGAUUAAAAUUGGGGAAUUUGGAGGCGACGAAGUAUUAAAUUAAAUUUUUUUUCGUAUUACAUUGUUUUACGAUGGAUCUUUUAGUUUUAUUAACGAUAUUCUCCGCAUCGGUCAUUGUUGGGUUGUUUUGUUUUGUAUUCCGUUAUAAAUUCUUUCAAAAUGUACCUGAGAAUGUUGUACAAGACGAUCCUAUAGUUAGACCUAGACCCGGAGUUCGUGUACAAAAUCGUAACACGUUACGUCGAAACAAUCGUAAUGUUAUAGAACCAAGAAAUGAAAAUGUUGAGGAUGAAGAUGCUGUAGUUGACCCUAGUGUAGCUGCUAUAGAUCCAAAACUAGGAGCUAAAAAACGAGCAAAAUUAGAAGCCAAAGCAGAAAAAAAAGCCAAACGAGAAGCUGAUUUACAAGAACGUGAGGAUCGUAAAAAAAAACAAGAAGCAGAAGAAGCAGAAAGGAAAGCUAAAGAAGAUCAGGAAAAGAGACAAGAACAAGAACGAUUAGCACAAGAAAAAAGAAUUGAAGAAGAAAAGGCUAAACAAGAGCUUCUUGAGUAUACGCGAUUAAAACAAUCGUUUGGAAUAGAAGAAGAAGGUUACGAAGAAACAUUAGAAAAUGAAGGUUCAACAUUAACUCAAUUCAUUGAACACAUUAAGGAAAAUAAAGUAAUUGUUCUAGAUGAACUUGCUUUAAAAUUCAAAUUAAAAACUCAAGUUGUAAUAGAUAGGAUUCAAAGUUUAUUAGAAGAUGGUUCAUUAACUGGUGUUAUCGAUGAUAGAGGGAAGUUUAUUUAUAUAUCACAGUCUGAACUUAAUGCAGUUGCUUCAUUUAUCAAUAAACGUGGAAGAGUAUCAUUAACAGAAUUAGCUGAACAUAGCAAUAGUUUGAUCGUUCUUGAUAAACCAAUUGCCACUGCAUAAAUAUAACCAACUGUUUCUUGGAUAAAAUAUAAAUCUCUAUUCGAAUAAUUAAUUUAAAAAAUGUAAUUUUUAAUAUAUUUUUGAAUAAAUUUGUUAUUCUUUGUUCA